CUCGACAAUAUAAAUUGACAACGCAUAGAAAUUAUAUUAACGUCACUCUCAUAGGAAACUCCGCUUCCAAACAAUAACCAUUAAGAUUAACAAUAAUUUAUUAGAUAAUAAUUUACCAUAAUAAUUUACAUAAUAUAUUAUAUUACUAAUAAAAACAUAAAUCGUUCUCAUUCUUUUCAGGCGACACGAACGCAACGAACGAAUUAUUCGUAGUUACGUGUGAAAUUAAUCGCAAGAAGUCAUACGGUUGUGCAUUUUUAAUCAAAGAAAACCACCACGGCUACUCGCAGGUCGCGAUCAUCUCAUUGAACUCUGCACAUUUUAAUUUCUAAACAACCAGUUCGCAGAAAACGAGAAAUACCGACGGAAUAUGAGUGACGAUCCAACAAAUAUGGCACUCAAUACAAAUUAUGAAAACGCAUUGAGCUUGGCAAAUCAUGAUUUUUCGUUUUCUUUGUACAAGGAAUUGGCCAAAACUGAAAACGGAAAUAUUUUCUUUUCUCCAUUCAGUAUUCAUGUGAUUAUGUUUAUGGCUAGCAUGGGAGCAGCUUCAAAAACCUUUGACGAAAUGAUAAACACUAUACAUUUAAAUGAAACUACUCAUUCAAUGGAAGGAUAUAGAACGUUAUUGGAAGACUUACUAAGUAACAAUGAAAAUUUGAAAAUGGCAACCGGAAUGUUUGUUGAUGAAACUUUCAACGUUAAAAAAAGUUUUGUGGAAAACUCUAUGAAAUAUUUAAAAUCUUCUAUGGAAAAAAAGAAUUUCAAGGAUGAUCCAGAAAAACAGCGCAAAUAUUUAAAUGAUUGGGUUUUAAGCAAAACCAAUAACAAAAUUAAAGAUUUAUUUCCUAAAGAUUCCAUUACUAAAGACACUGCCUUAGUAUUGGCAAAUGCUGUGCAUUUUCAAAGUUCUUGGGUAUAUAAAUUUAAAGAUGCUGAAGACGACUCAUUUUAUAUUACUCCGAGCAACAAAGUACCAGUCAAAAUGAUGACUCUCGUACAUGAUUUGCAAUACUAUCAUGAUAGUGAUCUAAAAUUCGCCGCACUUGAAUUACCCUAUGAACACUAUGCUUUUAAAAUGAUUAUUUUAUUGCCCGAUGCUAAAGAUGGUUUGAAAGAACUGGAAAAUAACUUAUCAAAAAUUAAUUUGAAUGAUAUUUCAAAUAAAAUGUCCCAGUAUCAUGUUACUGUCAAAUUGCCUCGUUUCAAAUUAGAACAGUCACUGCAAUUAGAAGAUACAUUAUCCAACCUUGGAUGUCCAACAAUGUUUACACAAGCGGCAAACUUUUCUAACAUUGUUGAACAUGGUGAUCUGCAUGUGAGUAAAGUGUUGCAUAAGGCAUAUGUCGAUGUCAAUGAAAAAGGAACUGAGGCUGCAGCAGCUACAGGUGUAAAUAUAAUUUUACUGAGCCUUCCUGUACAACUACCCAAAGUGUAUUUUGUUGCUGAUCACCCUUUUCUUGUUUCAAUUAUAUCUAGAAAAAAGACUAUUUUAUUUAUGGGCCGUUUAUCAAAACCAUUAAAAUAAUAAUAUUGUUUCUAACUUUCAGUUAUUAUAUAAUUAAUAUAACAUUUAGCAUAUUUCAACGCUUACAUUUUUUUACUUAUACAAAUAUUAAGCUACUACCGGUGGGUCAAGUGGGCGAUGUGAAUAAUAUUGACAUUUUGUAGGCUUAAAUCUCCAAUAUUCAUUUGUAGCAAUAGGUACUCAUUGUACAUUAAAUAUUUGAAUAUAUCCUAUAACAAAUGAGGGUUGCAAGUCACUUGCAUCCUAUACUCAUCUUAAAUUUUCUCAGGAGACAACUUAAGAUUCGAUGUGUUUAGUUAUUUAUCUUAAGUACAGAGUAUAAAGUAUUACUUAUUUUCUAUUACUCUAUAACUUGACUUUUCUAAGAGUUUUUUUUUCUCCCUCAGAUUUUCUCAGCGCUUCUACUUUUCUCUUAUUUUCCAUCUUAAAUAACCAAUAGUGAAGUAAAUAUUUCAAAAUCACCAAACAACACACUACAGUAAAAAAUACACUUUUAUGAAUUAAGAUUAUUACAUUGAUUGUACGAAAGUACGAAACUGUCAUAUAGUUAUCAGCUUAUUAAUCCAUCGAUAAUAUAUUAUAAUUAUUAUAUUAUAUAUUUUUUAUUAUUAUUUUUUUUUUUAUUUAGGUAAUUUUAAGUAAAUAGGUACUCAGUGGCUAAACGUGGGAUUUAUUAAUCGAUUGAUAUAUUAAACUUCAUAUUAAGUUAUAAAUAGGGCGUGGAUUUAAAUGCAAUAAAAAAAAAAAAUGCCUAAAAAAUUCUAUUUAAUGCACUAAUAUUACAAAGCUUAAUUAAAUGCCCAAAGAUAUGUAAAUCCAAUUUAAAAGAAUACAAAAUAGAAUUUAGAUAAGUAGGUAGGUAUAUACUAUAUAGUUGUUAUAUUUUGUGUUUCAUUAUAACACUGAUCAAUCAGAUGCUAUUCUUGAUAUUUAAAAAAAAAACUUGGACAUUAAUAAUUGGAAAGUGUUUUUACUUUUUUUUGUAUGACUGAAGUCAUAGAAGCGAAUAUAAUACGUAAUAAAAAUAGAAUUAAUAGUAAAAAAAAUGUAUUUAAUCAUAUUGAUUUUUAUAAAAUUUAUAAAAAUUCCUUCAAAACCAUAAAUUUUCAUAGAAAUACCAAUAGAAGCUCCAAAAAUCAAUACAUUUUUAAAAAAAUGCUAAAUAAAAAUUUCAGUUUUCAAUUCUUUGAUGUAUAAAAUGAAUUUUUUGUUUGGAAAACAAUGUUUUAGAAAAUUCGGAAAAGAAUGUAAUUUAUAUUUAAAUUCACGAACUAGUUAUAUAAAAUAGUUAUAAAUAACCUAGUUAUAAAUAAUAAUUUCUGAUGAUGCAUUGACAACGAGAAGGACAAUCAGCCGAACCGAAAUCUAAAAUCUUAAACACCUAAUAAAAACAAUUUUUCACACUCGCGCGUUAUGAUACGCAAAUACAAAUUAUUUAUAAUUUAUACCUACCUACCGAUUUUAUUAUAAA